AUGUCUACCGAGUCCAUCAGCGUUAUUGUGCGCUGCCGAGGACGAAAUGAGCGCGAAUUGCAGAUGAAAAGCCCCGUGGUGGUACGUAUUCCAGAUCAGCCGGGGGCAAACCAGGUUAGUGUCAACACAUCGCAGGAUUUCAUCACCAGUCAAGUUGCAGACACAAGAGUUUAUACCGUGGAUCAAGCCUUUGGUCCUGCCGCCGAUCAAACAGUAUUUUUCCGCGAUGUUGGCCUGCCACUGGUCAGUGAGUUUCUGAGGGGCUACAAUUGCACGAUAUUGGCCUACGGUCAGACUGGAUCGGGGAAAACGUACACCAUGUGUGGAGACAUCAGCGAUAAAGAACCAGGAAGAGAAGCAGGGCUUGUUCCGCGCGUGCUCUGCAAAUUGUUUGAAUGCGUCGACGAUGAUUUCAUGAUCAAGUGCUCGUUUGUUGAGAUUUACAACGAGGAAUUGAAGGAUCUGCUUGGAGAUACAAAAAAUGCGCGUCUUCGCAUCUUUGAGCGCAAAAACUCGUCUGGAAACGGUAUCAGGAUUGACGGUCUUGAGGAGCAUCACAUUCGGAAGGCCGGAGAAGGUCUGGAGCUUUUGAAAAAGGGCUUGGAACGUCGGCAAACCGCUGCUACCAAAAUGAAUGAUUUAUCCAGUCGCUCGCACACAAUUUUUAGUAUCACAUUGAUCCAAAAGAAAACUGACUCUGAGUACCAGUACGCCAAAAUGAACCUUGUGGAUCUGGCUGGGUCUGAGAAUAUUAGCAGGUCAGGAGCGAUAAACCAGCGUGCAAAAGAAGCUGGAUCCAUUAACCAGUCGCUUCUCACAUUGGGCAGAGUUAUUAAUGCCUUAGUCGACAAAAGCAGUUAUAUUCCGUACAGGGAAUCUAAACUGACACGUUUGCUGCAGGACUCGCUUGGAGGAAAAACAAAAACAGUACUAGUUGCCAACAUCUCUCCUGCGGGCGUGGAUACACAGGCUACCACAAGCACUUUAGAAUAUGCUACCAAGGCCAAGGAUAUCCGAAAUACAGCACAAAUAGGGCCUUUAAUAUCAGACAAAGUGCUGCUCAAAGAGCUUGUCGAUGAGAACUAUCGUCUGAAGCUUGACUUAAAAGCUACAAGGAAUAAGGAAGGAGUGUACUUGAACGAGUCCAACUAUAACGAGCUCAUGAUUAAUUACAAAAAUCUCACCAGUGAGACAGAGGAACUAAGACGUCAGAAUGAACUUUUGACGAUGCAAGCCAACGAGAACACACAUCUUCUAGAAGACGAAAGAAAGGAAAAGCUCAAGAGCAUACAGAGCAUGAAAGUCAUGGAAGAAAGACUUUCUCAACUAGAAAGUGCGCUGGAAAGUCAGCGAUCUCGGGAAAUGAACGUGAUCAAGCUAACACAGCAAGUCAUUGAGCAUUGCAACCAGGAGUCAGAGGAAAUGAUAAAAAGUCAGAACCGGUAUCAGAAAAAGCUGAAUGAGAAGCUUGAGGAGCUGAUAAUGCCAGUGAUGCAACAUGUUGCGAGAAGUACACAGAAUGACAAUGAUUUUGGCGUCACCAAACUGGCUGAGAGGAUUUCUGAACAACUGCAAGCCAUUGGAAAAGAACAGCAAUUGCUUACAAACCGCAUCCUGGAGAAAACCGAAGAGCUACGUUCUUUUAGAAGCGAGCUGGAUAAAGUGUUUGCUGAACUCAAGAACCAGCUGGGCCUAUUAAGAUCAGGAAUCAGCGAGUCACAAAAUAACGAUACCAAGUUCGAUCGCUAUCUACGUAAUGUUUUUGACGAUAAGCCAAUUGUGCGAAAUGUGACCACUGAAUCAGAAAAGAUGAUAGAAGAUAUGAAAUCCCAGCUUGUGUCUCAAUUCUCGCAAUUUUCCAAAAAACUAACGCAAACAACUAUCGAAAUGGUACUUAAUUCCACGAGGGAGAAAAUUUCCGAGGAGCAGACUAAAUGGAUCCGGAAGAAUUCCACUCUUGCGGAAACUUUGGCAGACCGUAACGCCAAAGUGUUGUCAUCGGUUGAUCAGUGCGCAACCUCUCUUCAGUCGCAUCUGGAGGCCAACGUGGGGUACCUGAAUUACCAAAAAGCCAAGCUCGCUAAUCUGAACAACUCAGUAGCAGCCACCAAUACAGAUGUGGCCGAACAAUCUGAGAAACAAAACAAGGUGCUCAGGUCCUACGCAUCGCUACAAUCGUCAAACAAAGAACUCGAAUCGACAAUGGGCCAGAUAAAAGAAAGUUUAUCGAACCUCCACGAAGUUCUACCUCCCUUAAAAUCGCAAAAGACUGUGCCAGGACUUCCAGAGUUGCAAAAACUAAUCAACCAGCCCCUGGGCGAAUCAAAAAAUCGCAAAACACCGCAUUCCUCGCCAACAAAAAGAGCCCUGCCUCAGCCGUCUUCCGAAAAGCGUAGACACACACAGCAGAGCAAAUAA